AUGGAGGCUAAUAUAAGCCUGCAAACAUUCAACCAGCUUCUUGAUCUUCUCGGCGAGAUUGCGACGCAGCCUCGCUCGCCCACGCCAACCAACAGUGAAGAUGCUGUGGCUGCCAGCCGUGAGCAGGAAGCCUUAGGGCAAACCACAUUGGGUUUUUCUAGGAGAACAUCUCCCAACAAUGUGCCACCACAGGAAGUUUCUUCAGUCAACUUUCCUGAAAGCAAUGCGCAACAGGGCCAGAUGAACGUCAAUGCGUUGCUUCCUGCGCCGCAAAUUUCUGAUUUCUCUUCACUUCCGGUUAGUUGA